AUGAACGGUCUUCUUUUGUGUUUCGUCGUCGCCACGGUCGCCAUUGUCUCCGCUGAGCCACCAAGCAGUUACAGCCGACCAUCGUUCGGCGGUGGACACUCGUCCGGCGGUGGACACUCAUCCGGUGGAUUCGGCGGUUACUCUUCCGGCGGCGGCGGUGGAGGAUACUCUUCCGGCGGCAGCGGUGGCGGAUACUCGUCCGGCGGUGGCUACUCUUCCGGCGGCAGCGGCUACUCUUCCGGCGGCAGCGGUUACUCUUCCGGCGGUGGCGGAUACUCGUCCGGCGGCAGCGGUUACUCGUCCGGUGGCAGCUACGUUCCAGUAGCACCGGGACCAUCCACAUACGAAGGACAGUACGUCGACGGACAGUUGCUCGAACAGAUCAAGCAGAUCGUGCUCAGAGACGAAGCCCAGAACUCCGGAUCCUCCUCCGGCGGAUACCCGUCCUCGUCCUACGGCGCCCCGUCCUCAUCCUACGGCGCACCGUCAUCGUCCUACGGCGCCCCAUCAUCGUCCUACGGAGCCCCAUCAUCGUCCUACGGAGUCCCGUCCCAGUCGUACUCGAGCCGCGUCGUCGGCGUCGAAUUGGAACAGGUGAAACCGGCCAUCCAAGUCGCCCAAUUCCAACAGUCCGGCGGAUACUCGUCCGGUGGCGGUGGCGGUUACUCGACCGGCGGUGGCUACUCGUCCGGCCCGUCGUCCUCCUACGGAGCUCCCUCCUCCAGGCCAUCGUCGUCCUACGGAGCACCGUCGUCCUCUUACUAA